AUGGCAGAUCCUUCUUCAUCUUUCUCCACCUCUUGGAGAUAUGACGUCUUCGCUAGCUUCAGAGGCGAAGACGUCCGUAAAAACUUUCUCAGUCAUUUGCUCAAAGAAUUCGAAAACAAGGGAAUAGUGACAUUCAGAGAUGACCAAAUCGAAAGAAGCCAUAGCAUCGGUCCUGAGCUUGUAGAAGCCAUAAGAGAAUCUAAGAUCUCUUUGGUUUUGUUCUCUGAGAACUAUGCUUCCUCAAGCUGGUGCUUGGACGAGCUGGUUGAGAUCUUGAAGUGCAAGGAAGAACAAAGACUCAAAGUGAUGCCGAUUUUUUAUAAAGUGGAUCCAUCAGAUGUAAGAAAACAGACCGGAAAGUUUGGAAUGUGUUUCUGGGAAACUUGUUAUGGAAAGACGGAGGAGAAACAACGUAGUUGGAGGCAGGCGUUGACCGAUGCUGCCAGUAUUGUUGGCGAUCAUUCUCAAGACUGGGAUAAUGAAGCAAACAUGAUCACAAAAAUUGCCAAGGAUGUAUUAAACAAAUUAAAUGUGACGCCAUCAAGAGAUUUCAGUGACUUAGUUGGGAUUGAAGCUCACAUUGCAAAGAUGAAUACUUUGUUAUGCCUUGCGUCUCAAGAAGGGAGGAUGGUAGGGAUAUGGGGCCCUGCAGGCAUUGGUAAAACCACCAUAGCUAGAGCUUUAUAUAACCAAAUUCAAGAAAACUUCAAACUUUCUAUCUUUAUGGAGAAUGUUAGUGAAAGUUAUGGUGAAACUAACCUCGAUGACUAUGGUUUGAAGCUGCGUUUACAACAAAAUUUUCUAUCCAAACUUCUUGAUCAACACAAUUUGAGAAUACGACACUUGGGCGCAAUAGAGGAAAGGCUAAAGAACCAGAAGGUUCUAAUAGUUCUUGAUGAUGUGGACAACAUUGAGCAACUCAAAGCUUUAGCAAAGGAAACUCAAUGGUUUGGUAACAAGAGCAGAAUCAUCGUGACCACACGAAACAAACAACUUUUGAUUUCACACGGGAUCAACCAUAUUUACAAGGUGGCUUUUCCUUCAAGAGAAGAAGCUCUUGCUAUAUUCUCCCAACACGCUUUCAAAGAAUUAUCUCCAUCAGACGAUUUUAAGGACCUUGCAAUCGAAUUUGCAACUAUUGCUGGUCAUCUUCCGUUAGGUCUACGCGUUUUUGGUUCGUUUAUGAGAGGACAAAGUAAGGAUGAGUGGGAAGCUUCUCUGCCUACACUCAAAACUAGACUCGAUGGAGAGAUCGAGAAAGUAUUAAGAGUCGGGUACGAUGGCUUACACAAAGAUGACAAAGCUCUAUUUCUUCACAUUGCAUGUCUUUUUAACGGUCAUCACGAAACCUAUGUGAAGCAGAUGGUGGUAGCUAAUAAUGAAUUGGAUAUUAGCUUUGGACUUAAAGUCUUGGCUGAUAGAUCUCUCAUACAAAUAUAUGAGAAUGGUACAAUCAUGAUGCACUCCUUGCUACAACAAUUAGGCAGAGAGGUUGUUCGUGAGCAAUCACUAUACGAGCCAGGAAAACGUCAAUUCUUGAUGAAUGCUAGAGAAAUUUGUGGUGUUCUUUCGAAUAAUACUGUCACGGAGACUGUAUUAGGUAUGUCGGUAGAUAUGUGUGACUUCGACGAAGACUUUUAUAUAAGUGAGAAAGCAUUUGAAAAUAUGAGGAAUCUUAUAUAUAUAAGAUUCUACCGGAGUAAUGAGGCAGAUAAAAAUAAAAUGAAGUUACCAGAAGAAGGUCUAGGUUAUCUUCCACAACUUAGGUUAAUGCAAUGGGAUGCGUAUCCGCACGUGUUCUUGCCUUCUCGCUUCCGAACAGAAUGUCUCGUGGAACUCAACAUGUCUCAUAGCAAGCUUAAGAUGCUAUGGGGAGACAAUGCUCAGCCACUUAGAAGUCUCAGGUUUAUGGAUUUGAGUAAGUCUCAAAAUCUGGAAGUCAUACCAAAUCUCUUGGAAGCAACAAAUUUGGAGAGAUUGGAUUUGAGUUGGUGUGAGUCUUUGGUGGAGCUUCCUUCAUCUAUAAAAAACCUUCAUAAACUGACAAGGUUAGAGAUGUCUUGUUGCACAAAUCUAGAGAUCAUCCCUACCAACAUCAACUUAGCAUCUCUAUCUCACCUCCACUUUAGAUAUUGCCAUAGACUGAAAACCUUUCCUGAGAUUUCAACGAACAUUACUUAUCUUAAAAUUAAAGGCACCGCAAUCACAGAGGUGCCUCCAUCAGUCAGGUCCUGGCGUAGGAUUGAGGAAAUUUGCAUGGAAAGGACUAAGGUGAAGAGAUUGGUCCAUGUUCCUUAUAUUUUAGACGCUCUAUGCUUAAGGGGUAACACUCAAUUGGUGUCUAUUACAAACUACCUCACACAGCUUCGUCGGCUGCGUAUGAUCGACAUCUCCUUUUGCGUAAGGAUCGUAUCACUACCAAAGCUUCCCAACUCAGUACACCAUGUAACAGCUUUAAACUGUGAGUCACUUAAAACAUUACAUGGCCCCUUUCGUAACAAAGGCAUUCGCCUCAACUUCACUAAUUCCUUGAAGCUAGAUCAGAACGCACAAGAAAUGAUCCACCAAACUGUUUGUGGUGUUGCCAUCUUACCAGGAGGACAAGUGCCAUCAUACUUCACUCACCGAGAUAACGGAUCAUCGUUGAUGAUCAUUUCAAACUCGAUGGAUCUGUCAGGUUUCUCAAGCUUUAAGGUAUGUCUUGUGCUUGCAGCAGGGAAUAGAUUCAAAAGUUGUGACACAUCUUUCUACACAAGCUUAUGUGGCGAUCCCAUAAAGAAGUAUUACACACUUUUGUCGAAUCAGCCGGAGCUUAGAGUGGAUCAUAUUUGCAUGUUUGAAUGUGUUUUGCCACCUGAAUACGAUAGUCCAGCAACGCGUUUGGGAGCUCGUCGUAGUACAAAGAGAUUUAUGAGGUUUAACUUCAAUUGUCAUGGUUGCCAAGUUCUGGAGUGUGGUGUACUACUCUUGGAGCCUCGUCAAUCUCUGGUCCCUCCAAAACGAGUUGGGUCUAGCUCCAAAUCUCCAAGACCUGCCAAAAGAUCCAAUACACAAGUGUGAAACUUAGAGAUUUUUUAUUUCAUAUGUUUUUUUUUUGUCAUAAAAGUUCAUUUCAUAUGUGGUGAGAUUAGUAGAUUACAUUGUAUAUGAUAUAUGUGAUUUCGUAUAAAUGGCUUA